AUGCAUAGUGUCAUUCAGAACAGAGAUGCAUCUCAAGAAAAAAAUUCAACUACUAGAAGGCCAAAUGGGUACAUGGGUACGAUUUAUGAAUCUGGCAAUUAUUCAGAAUUGUGUGAAAAAGGACUAGAUUUUCACAAUUUGCAUUCUUCAGCAGAAGCAGAAGAUAUCCAAGCUAACAAAAUGCAUAUAAGUGAAUUGAGUAAGAACAACGGCACUUCACUCUUAAUCACAAAUCAGAAAUCCAAAGAAGAUGAUCACAGUAAUACAUUAAUGAAGUUUGAUAGUAAUAACAAAGAAAAGAAGACUGAUUCUAAGAUACCAUUGAAUGAAGAAAGUUUGAAUCGGAAUCAUUUAAUAGCAUCUAGUGAUUCUGCAUCACAGCAAAGGGGAAAAGAAGUGUCUUAUGCAGAAACGGAGAUGAAAGGUAACAAUUCAAAUAAUCGAACAAAUAGUGAAUACGACCACUCGAAUGAAGAAAAAGCAAGGUUGCUUGAUGGUGAAAAAUCAAAAGUAACCAAGGGUGAAGAAAAAGUUACAUCUGAAAACAGGGUCGUCAGAUGGAGACAUUAUUGUAUGUUGGCGCGAUUAGGCGGAGGAUUUUGUGGGACCUUCUGCGUUGUUUUUAUGUUUAUUCUAGCCGUUAGUGUCUACGUUGGAUGGGAUAUUUGGUUAGCUCGCUGGUGCCGUCAGAUGGACAAUUUUGUCUUAAAUGGUAGCGAAAAUUAUCAGAAUAACGUAACAGUUUAUUCAUUGGGAUCGUUUGAUUCGAGAAGUAAAUACUUUAAUUUCACCGUACUUGUCUGUUUGGGAAUCGCUUUAAUUUUGCUGUCCUAUACCAGAGCUAUGGCAUUUUUCGCUUUUAUGGUUACUGCAGCCAGACGUUUACAUGACAAAAUGUUGCACUCCUGUCUACACACGCCAAUUAAGUUUUUUGAAAUGAAUCCAUCUGGAGCAAUAGUGAAUCGAUUUUCCAAGGAUUUAACUACAGUAGAUGAUAUGCUGCCCAUGGCUAUGUGUGAUGCCAUCCAGUGUUUUUUCUUAGUUUUCAUAAUGGGAGUAGUAAUUAACUACAUGAGUUAUUGGUUUCUUAUACCUACAAUUAUGGCUAUUAUUCUCUUUUAUUUAACUCAGAAGAGGUAUUUACUAAUUUCCAGAGAUUUAAAGCGACUCGAAUCUGCUGCUAAAGGUCCGAUAAUAUCAUGGGUAAAUGUUACUCUACAAGGUCUGCCAUGCAUCCGUGCAACUUCAAGUCAAAAUAAUCAUCUAGUAAAGUUUCAAGAGGUGAUGGAUUAUCAUACUAGUGUGUUUUACCUUAUGAUAGCAGCUACCCGUUGGCUUGCAUUACGUCUUGAUUUACUCUGUGUAUUCUUCACUGUAACAAUAAUUAUCACCUCCUUGUUACUCAGUAUUUAUACAGAUUUUCCUCCUUCUGUGAUUGGUCUUAUGAUUACAUAUGGAAUAAACUUUGUGGGACUGUUUCAGUGGUUUAUUCGUCAAAGUGCAGAAGUUCAUAAUCAGAUGGUUUCUGUAGAACGAAUCGUUGAGUAUAUUGAUCUGCCACCAGAAUUAAAUUACACGUCAAAUCAGGUUACACUUCCUGAUAAUUGGCCGCAAUCUGGACAUAUUGAAUUUCAGAAUUUUAGUAUAAGUUACGAUGGAGAACAGUCAUGGGCACUUAAAAAUAUUAAUUUCGUCAUUGAAUCUGGCUUUAAGGUUGGAAUAGUUGGUCGUACGGGGUCUGGUAAAAGUACCUUAUUCUCUUGUAUUCUUCGACUAGUAACAGGAGAACAAGGCAAGAUAUUAAUAGAUGAUGUUGAUAUCAAGAAAGUGAAAUUAGAAGAACUGAGGAAACAUAUUUCUGUUGUUCCACAAGAUCCCAUGAUGUUUGCUGGUUCUAUACGUAUGAAUCUUGAUCCACGUGGAGAGCACAGUGAUGCAAGAAUUUGGAAUGCAUUAUCUUCAGUGCAACUAGAGAAGACUAUUUCAAAUAUGGAUAAAGGUCUUGAUACUUUAAUGGACGAAGGAGGAUCAAAUUUUAGUACAGGCGAACGUCAACUAUUGUCUUUGGCACGUGCUAUUCUCGACGAUAAUCGUAUCGUCUUAGUGGAUGAAGUAACAGCAAAUGUGGAUUCCAAAACAGAUUCACUUAUUCAAGAAACUUUAAGAAAACAAUUUUCCACAUGUACAGUGCUAACGAUAACUCAUCGACUUCAAACUAUCAUUGAAAAUGAUAUCAUAAUUGUUUUAGAAAAUGGUGAAAUAAUAGAAACUGGUGCACCGCAUAUCCUGCUACAUACCAAACAAGGUGAAGGUGAUGUAACAGAAAUAGAAUCUAUGGAUAAUGAAGAAUUGCCUAUCAUUGGUACUGGUCCAUUUGCUAAACUAGUUCGUGAAACAGGCGACGAAGAGUCUCGUAAGCUGUCUAAAAUGGCUAGGGAUGCUUAUUUGAAAUAUACACAAGUUGUGUGAUUUACCUGAUUUAAAAUGCGCUUGUAUUUUCACAUGAUUCCAUCUUUUAGGAGGUAACAUUUUGAAAUAUAUAUAUAUUUAUACAUAAUCGCCGUAUACUUGUAAUUAAAUUAUCAUUUUUGCGCAAGUAUUUUAUAACCGCUCAUUUUUUUUAUUACAUCGCCUCAUUUUUUGUGCCUAGAUAUAUACAUAU